CUCUCUUAAUCAAGGCAUAAGGGACUCCCUUCUUUAAUUCUCUGACCUCUGAGAAAAAAAGAGCCAAAGGAAAGAUCUAGUAGGGUUAGAGUCUGGUUGGGGCAUGGGAGAGAAGCAAGGAGAGAUCUUGUGGAAGGAAGCUGUGAGGUGUUGGGACCAGAUCAGUGGACUUGAGGUGGGAGAUAGUUGUGACAACAGCCUGAGCAGCACUAGGAAACACCUGAAAUGUCCCAGUCCCCUUCCUUCAUCCUUUCCAUUCCUGAAGGCAAAGAAAGUCCUAGCCAGGACCUCAGCCCAUAUGAUGAGAGCAUUGUACACGAUUCCUUCCACCAACUUAUCCAGGAACAGAGUCAGCAGGCUGAAGUUGAAGCUCUAGAGCUCCAGGAAUGGUCUUCCAGGGACAAAGGUAGAGGUCACCAGCUUCAGCUGGAGCCCUGCAGGGCCCCUCAGAACUAUAAUUCAGCCACACUUCGGAUCUUGGCCAAUAUGCCCAGCCGAACCAUUGGCCGAAGCAGGGGGGCCAUUAUUUCUCAGUACUACAAUCAAACAGUCAAAUUGAGGCGGAAAAAUAGCCGGCCCUUGCUGAGGGACAUGUCCAGUUCUGCCCGACCCAGUAUUUGGCAAAAUGACUUGGAACUGGACUUGACCCCCAGAGAAGAAGAAGAAAAGCGGAGCCUCUUGGUGAAGGAGCUGCAAGGCCUGACAGUAGCCCAGAGGGACCACAUGCUUCGGGCCAUGCCCCUGAGUUUGGCUGAGAAAUGCUGCCUCCGCCAGGACAGCUGUAUCCAGAGGGGAAGGCAGAAGCACCACCAUCGUAGCCAGACCCAGUUGUACUGUUGUAGUCGUCUCCAGUAUCAUUGUAUUGCCUUCCGCAGCUUGUGGUAUGGACUUCUUUCUGGUCUUUAUGCCUUGAAGCCCUGGCAUUACUCCCUGAAGCAAAUCAGUGGACAAUUUGGCUCCAGUGUCCUCUCCUAUUUCCUUUUCCUGAAGACCUUGAUCUCCUUCAAUGUCCUGCUCCUCCUCUUUCUGCUGCCCUUCAUUGUAGCUGUGCAGGUGGCCUUUCCCCCAACUUCAGAGUUCCCCUUCUCCCAAUCAUUCACAGGCCUGGAACUCUUCACAGGUAGGGGUCAAUUCACCCACACAGUGAUGUUCUAUGGCUACUACAGUAACUUCACCUUGAACCAGCCAUGCUCCUCCCAUCAGAACAGUGACCACUGCCUUCCAAAGGCAGCACACCUGCCAUAUAACAUGCCCCUGGCCUACCUCUUUACUGUUGGUGUUUCCUUCUUUACCACCUGCAUUGCCCUGGUAUACAGCAUGUCUCGUUCCUUUGGAAAGAGCUACCAGGUGGGAAGUACCCUUGGGGUUCAUGCCAUCACUGUCUUCUGCUCCUGGGAUUACAGGGUGACCCAAAAACGGGCCGCUCGUCUACAGCACGACAACAUUAGGACACAGUUGAAGGAGCUGUUGGCUGAGUGGCAGCUGAAGCAGCACCCAAGAAGUAUGUGUGGAAGACUGCAACAGAUGAUAGUGCUGCUUCUGGUGUGGCUACUGUGCCUGGGCACUGCCGUUGGGUGUGCCAUUGCUGUCUACUCAUUCUCAGAGUUCAUGCAUGAAAACCAGGAGACCAAGACCCAGAUGAUUAGUGAGAAGCUCCAGGAAGUUCAUCUCCUGGCUUUGCCCCUGAUCGUUUGCAUCAUCAACCUGGUGAUUCCCUAUCUCUACAAUGCCUUUGCCAGCUGGGAACAGCAUGACUCUCCCGUUUUGGAGGUGUAUGUGGCCAUUUGCAGGAAUUUGAUCCUCAAGAUGGUUAUUUUGGGACUUCUCUGUUACCACUGGAUGGGCCGAAAGAUUAGAACACUGGGAGACCAGUGCUGGGAGACGUUUGUGGGGCAGGAGCUCUACCGCUUCAUGGUCAUGGACUUCAUCUUCAUCCUACUGGACACCCUCUUUGGGGAGCUGGUCUGGAGGCUCAUUGUAGAGAGGCUGAAGGGGGAUCGAAAACCAGAAUUUGAUGUUGCUAGAAAUGUGCUGGAGCUGAUUUAUGGGCAGACCCUGACCUGGCUGGGUGUUCUCUUUUCCCCUCUUCUCCCUGCCAUCCAGCUCCUCAAGCUCCUGUUCCUGUUCUAUAUCAAGAAGAUCAGCCUGAUGGCAAAUUGCCAGGCGCCUAGGAAACCCUGGAGAGCUUCGCAUAUGACCACUAUUUUCAUCACCCUCCUCUGCUUUCCCUCCUUUUUGGGAGCAGCCAUAUUCCUCUCCUAUGCCAUCUGGCAAGUGAGACCCUCCAGGACAUGUGGUCCAUUCCGGACUUUGGACACCAUCUAUGAGGCUAGCAAAGUCUGGAUUCGACGCUUGGAGGAAGCCAGUCCUAGUAUCACUUGGUUUACCUGGAUCCACCAGUAUCUGGUGGAAAAUACCUUCUUUAUUUUCCUGAUAUCAGCUGUGCUUCUAGCCGUGAUCUACUUCAAUAUCCAGGUGGUGAAGGGACAGCGGAAAGUCAUUUGCCUACUUAAGGAGCAGAUUAAUAAUGAGGGCGAGGAUAAAAUCUUUCUCAUCAACAAGCUUCACUCCAUUUAUGAGAGUAGGGCAACCAGUAACUAAGGAUCUGAAUGGAAGAGAAUGCAGUGAAGGUCCCUGAGGUCCCAAAGUUCUCUUCAAGUUUACUUUGAAGCAUGAAGAACAGAAGUGAAGGUUCAGAGUUUGAGGCUAACUUUGCCCUUUUAAUCCAGAGACCACACAUCGAAUCUGGGAAUUAAUUCAGCAACUACUUCCAUCUCCUCCCCCAUUCUCUUUCUUCCAGUUUACUGGGAACUGGCCUGACAUAGUAUUUAUUUGAAAUAAAUAGUGUUUUUAUUUUG